GCGACUGUAGAGUACCCUGGAACCUCAACGGCUGGACUUUUUCUCAUUUGCGGAAGAAAAACACUCUUUGCAAAAGCUUUCUCGGGGAUUCCGCGGUUUUGUAGGCUCUGUUUGUGCAUCGACACCAUUUCGACGGCAAUGUAAAUAUACACGGGGUCUAAUUUAAGAAGGAAGGGACAGCACAAACAGGAAGAGGCUUGAGCAAGAACAGAAGAAAACGACAGAGAAGGGGCGGGAUGCAAGAGAGAAACAGACUGGAAGAUAUUGAUAGGCUUGGACUCACAGGAAAUCAGGAGGAUUAGAGAUUCUCUUAGAGUAAGAAAAGAUGAAGCCCAUUAAAAAGCAAGAAAGGCGGUCUCCUCCCUCUACUCGUGCCAAGGGAGUGAAGAAAAGGAUGGUGGAUAGUAGUCCACAAGAAGAGAAAAGAGAAACGGAGGAAAAAACCCAGACUUCACCUACCUCUCCUAAGAGACAUAUCUCCUCAAAUUCUGACUCAUCACAGGAAGGGCCACUGAGACGAAGCAAUUCUCCGGAAAAGGAAGGGAUACACAGUGAUGGGGUCCUCAGUAUAGCAGUGGAUUUUGGGAAGACAGAGGAGAACCCUGGGAGCUUUAAGUCUGGCGGAACACAAAGUGACAGCAACAGUAGCACAACCAGUGCUAGCAAUAGCCCCAACCCUUCGUCUAGUCGUAAGACGGCUACUUUUAAGGCCCGUGUGCCCAAGAAGAAGUACACCUUUGAGCACUGUGCCGGAAACCAUGGCAACGCCAGCACUCCCAGCACACCCCCACAGAGCAGCAGCAGCUCUUACAAUGGUACUGGUGCUAGCCAGGUCCCAGCUGGCUCUGCUGCACACACAGACCCAGACGGUCAAAGCCAGCAAUCUGAGGGCAACAUUGCAGUGUACGGACACAAUAACAUAACAGGGCCCACGGGAAGAACUGCUAGUGAUUGUGGUGAAAGGGACGGGACAAGUGUAUCCAGCCCACAGCGUUGCUCCUCCACAGAUACAGCCAGCGAACACUCAGCUGACAUAGAAGUGACAACUUCUGGACGUGAUUCUAACUCUAACUCCCAAAAGCCACAAGCACAUAGCACUUCAAUACCCACGCAGGAGAGCCUGUCAUCUGGGUUAGCUGGAGUCCUGGCCAAAGGUCUUAAGAAUCAGAGAGUUCUGGCCCGACAGGGUCCUAGAUCAGGGGAAGGCUGGCCUCAUGAUCGUGGCCGGGAUAUAUCAGGAGUGUUUCGCACUGGUGUCGUACGGAGAGUUAGCGAGGAGCAUGGGAGUUUGGAGGUGCAGCUGAACGGAGAAAAGACCAUUUGCAAGUACCCUUUUCGAGUGGCUUCUGAUUCUGUUGAUCUUAUUCUAGAUGCGUCACCUCCUGGUGUGGCCCCAGUGGCAAUAGGCACCCGUGUCUGCAUCCCCUUUAAAGGGGAUGAUGAGGGCAGUGAGGGAACACGUCAGUGGUACAGAGAAGGUAUUGUUACUCAAGUAGACCAACAUCCAGCUGUGUCUUGCCAAUAUCGUGUCCAGCUACGGGAGGAUGUAUCUGAUGAGAGAAAGGAACGUAGAAGUGAAGAGGACGAUGGAAGAGCCAUAAGUGCUCAAGCCAUUUGGGUCUCACGACAAAAUCUUCGCCUCCUAGUUCCUCCUUGGGACCUAGAACCAGCCCAGGCUGCAGAGCCAGAGGGUGAUGGUAGGAGGGUUAGAGAACGAGAGUGGGAGGAAAGAGAUGACAUGGAAGUUGAGCAGGAAGUUGUUCGGCUGACUAGGCCAGGGUAUAAAGUUCCAAGUUUGUUACAUCCUGUGAUAGUUCCUUUUACCUCACCACAUUCUUCAUCUUCUGCCAUUAACACUGCCAUCACGUCUGUACUCAGUGUAGUCCCAAACAGAGACUGGGAACAUCACAGAGAGAAGAAUCAGGAAAGAGAUUUGCAUAGGCACUUAGAGAGAGAAAGGGAACGAGACAGAGACGACAUUGAGGUCAGUCGUCUCAGUCAGCUAAGGGAUGGCAGUAUCACUGCAGCCAUGGAGGGCAAAGCUCAAGGGGUUCCUUCUCAGAAUCGACCCAUUCUUUCUAAACCAAACUACCUCGGCCAUCCCCUGCUGAGAGGGCCUCCAAUUGCACCCCACCUACCCCUUGCUCCUCACCCAAAUCAUCCCCAUAUGCUCCUGGGCCUGGAUUCAGCUACAGGUGCUGCAGUCAUCUCCACACCCCAGCUUCCUCCCUUGCCCCCAAGCUCAUCUCGAAGCUCCCUUGACAAAACCCCCAGCUCCAGCACACAUGGAGUGUCAGGGGGCGGAUCAGGAUCCUCAUCCUCUUCGUCACGUUCCCGCACACCCCUCACAGCCGCUCAACAGAAGUACAAGAAGGGCGAUGUGGUGUGCACCCCUACAGGUAUCCGCAAGAAGUUCAAUGGCAAACAGUGGCGAAGAUUGUGCUCACGUGAAGGCUGUUCAAAGGAGUCACAGAGGCGUGGAUACUGUUCACGGCAUCUUUCCAUGCGCACCAAGGAGAUGGAAGCUGGAGGCGGGGUGGGCAGAGACAGGAGUGGUGCCAGUAGUACAGGCACCCUCACACCUGACCUCCGUUUAGGUGGACGCACCAGCAGCGAGUACGACUGGGAUGACAACUCACGAGACAGCAGUGAAGCAAGCAGUCGUGGUGGGGACUCUCGACCACGUUUGGUGAUGACCUCUCUUAUACCGCAAGAACUGCCACGUGAUCUAUCUCGCUUUGACUUUGAUGAGUGUGAGGCUGCAAAUAUGCUGGUCUCACUUGGCAGCUCACGCUCAUGCACACCCUCUUUCUCACCUGUAUCCAAUCAGUCACCAUUCUCCCCUGCACCUUCCCCCUCACCCACACCAUUUGGCUUCCGCCCAGCUAAUUUUAGCCCCAUCACAGCACCUUCGCCUCUGACACCCCGCCGCCCUCGCCACCUCAGUGGCACAAAGAUCCCAGGGACCCCCACCACAGACCGUGAGCGUCACCUCUCCGGCAUUGUGCCCACUUUUUCGACCAACCUUACCUUCACUGUACCCAUGAGCCCCAGUAAACGUAAGUUGGAUGCCCCACCACCAUCAAUGCCCAGUGCAUCAGACUAUGUGAAAUCUGAUCCCCAACUCAAUGACCCUAGCCUCAGCAUUAAUGCUGCAGCAUUCAGGGUUCUGUCCCCACAAAGCCAGCCUACUACCCCCUUUUCUCUUUCAUUCCCUAGACAGAGGAGUGUCACAAGUCGGCCCUCAUCCUCUGCUGCCUCUACUCCACCACCUAUGCUGGUUUCUCCCACACCACCCUCACCUCUGCCACAGGAUCCCAGCUCGCGUCGUAUUGUUCCCCUACGAGAUUCGCCUGUCAUUGUUCGUAACCCAGAUGUGCCAUUGGCAAAAUUCAGUGAUAGUCCCCUGAGUCGUCGAGCAAGUUCAUGCUCUAGGGAGCACAGCCAGACCCCUCACCAUGCUGUGGGACUUCAGGCCCCUGUCCCCAUUAAUGGUGCUACCACCAACGGAGCUGUUCUUCUCCGAAAUCCAGCUCCAACCUUAGUUCUGGUGACUUCCUCUCAGUCACUGACACCUGUGGCUCCUGGAUAUCCCACCCAUUCAAAUUCUGCCGCUUUGAAUGUGUCAACUUCUAAUGCAACCACUGGACCCGCACUCGCAAUAUCUGGCUCAGGAGGUAAAGAUCAAGAGAGGAAGUCAGAUGCAGGCAGUGCUCUCCCUCAGCCUGUGGCUUGCCAUCCUUCACCCACAGCCCUGUUACCCCUGAUCCUGCCAGCUGAGUCCCCUCACCCAGCUCCUCGCAAAGACAUCAUUAUGGGAAGGCCUGGCACUGUUUGGACCAAUGUGGAGCCCCGCUCUGUGCCAGUGUUUGCAUGGCAUUCAUUGGUUCCUUUUCUGGAGACCAGCCAAACUAAAAUGUCCACGCAGCCUGCAGAUGGCCAAACACUUGUAAAUCAGGGCAAAGAGCCUCGCUGUGGAGUAGCCCUUGUGUCUGAGGGGCUGACUGACCAUCCAGCACCAGAGAGAGGCUCCCCAUCUUGCCCCCCUCCUUCAGCUGAAGACCCACCCGUGGAGAGAGAAGGAGGCGACAGCGAGACUGAGAGUGACGCUGAUGACCUUUUUUUACCAGGUGUAGUUCCAGACUCUUCUCUAUCCCUCAACCCAGUGAAAAGGCGCACACAAUCUCUCAGUGCACUCCCAAAAGAUGGUGACAAGAAGAGGGAAAAGGACCACAUCAGGCGUCCAAUGAAUGCAUUCAUGAUCUUCAGUAAGCGACACCGUGCACUGGUUCACCAACGACACCCCAACCAGGACAACCGCACUGUCAGUAAAAUACUGGGCGAAUGGUGGUACGCACUGGGACCCAAAGAGAAGCAGAAGUAUCACGACCUUGCCUUCCAGCGCACCUUCACACCCGUAGUCCAUUCCUCAUUGACAUCCACUCCAACUGCCAACAAACAUGAAGACGGGUAUGAAGAGAACCUGGCGAAGAAGAAAAAGCGAGGGCUGGGUGGUGCAGAGCUGGAUAAUGGCGGGCCCAAAGAAGGCGAAGGAGGAGGUGGAGGAGGGCAGGGCACCGCCAGGAUGGCCCCCACCGUAGUGACCAACGUUGUUCGACCCAUCACUAGCACCCCGGUUCCCAUCGCCAGCAAGCCAGUUGAUGGGGGUGUGGCUGUCGGGACCCUUCCUCUAGACGGCAAGCCCAAGCUGUUAAUCGGUACCGGCGGUGCAGGAGGAGGUGGUGCAGUGCCCCUUCCUCUUCUCCAUCACCAGUUUCUCCCUACCGCCUCCAUUACGCCCCCUAGUGGGGGCAAACCUGUCACACAGGUGCAGUACAUCCUUCCAACUCUGCCUGCAGCUGCCAAUCCUAACAGUCCCUCCACCCAGCAGACCCAACAGCCCUCCAGCGUCCUGGCUUUACCUGGUGCCACACCCACCCAUGUGACCCUAGCCAAUGGAGUGCAUUCAGGGGCGGGGCAAGGAAUAAGAUAUGCUUCAGUCCCAGCAGUGGGUGGAGUCUGUCCCGGAGGAGGUGAGAUAUCAGGAAGAUCAGCUGUGGUGGUAAAGAUAGACAAGAUUAUGGAGUUUGGUUAA